GACCAUGUGCUCCAUUUACCUCAUGUGUGAUUGUUGACUGAGUGAAAGCUUUCCACAAGGUUAAGAGUUAAUAAUAAAAACGAAAUUAAUUUCGAGAAAAACAGGAGAAAGUGGAAUAAAUUUUGCUGAGUAUUUCUGAGAUGUCUGAAGAUGACUCCCCCCUAGAAGAGGACGAAAGCGAACUCCUGGUGUACGUCGAGUUCGAAGGGACAACUCAGAGUGAUGUCUUUUCGAAGGAAAAACUCCAACUGGAUAUGAUUGGACUGGAUAUGGAACAUCCAAUUAUGAGGGUCAAUGGUCGAUACUACGAAGGGACGUACGAGGAGGCUGUUGGCACUUAUUUAUUCUUCGAAAAAGACAAGAAUCCUGUCAUUGAUGACCCAGUGUUUGACGUCACACCGAAGGUCAAAUACUCCACGAAGACCCGCAAGGUUCUCAAGAUGAAGAGAGUAUUUGUGAAACCCCGACUGGAAGUUAUAGGAGACUCAGAUAAUUCUCAAUGCGUUCCGAAUUUGGAAGCACUAAAAGAGGCUGGUGUCCCCCCAAAUUAUCAGGAAGGAGCUCUUAAUCUCUGGAAGGAGAUGCGAGACGAGCGUCUGGAGGCCUUGAACGAGUACCUGGAAAAACAGAAGAUUCGAGAGGAAAAAAGACAGAAGGGGAUUGAACCGGAUUCCGAAUCUGACGAGGAAAAUCCUUUCGCCAUGUAUCAGACAAAAGUUAAAGGUGCAGAGGAAUCCCCAGUAUCUAAGUAUCAAAGCACACACGAUGGCCCAUCCAUGGUCAUCGAUCCAGGCCCAUCCAUGGUCAUCGAUCCAGGCCCCUCCACUUCGAAAGACAACAUCCCACCCGAUGAAGAUAUCUCACCAUCACCCAAAUCCUCGCAGAUUAAAAACCAAGGGUAUCUCCAUGUUUUUAAACAGAGGGCUAGACGGAAAAUUAAAAAAGAUUCAGAAAGUGGAGAGGACUCCAGUUCCAAGGCGAAUCCUGAGGAGAAUCCUGAAGAGAAUCCUGUGGACAACCAGGUGGAGGUGAGUGAGUCCUGUCCACCUGGUGACAAUCCUGGUGAUCUUUCUGAGGUGCAGCUUCUGAGGGAAGACCAAUCCCCUGAGAAAUCGGAUGUCGAAAAUGAGAACUCCGAUGCAAUGAGUCAAGCAUCAGUGGAUUCACAGGACAACGGAGUGAAAAAUAUUUCUGAUAAAAAAUUAGAGAAGCAAAGAAAGCGCAGUGCGAAGAUGAAAGAAAUAUCCGAGAGAUUGAGAAAAGCAGCUGAUGAGGUCAGAUCCAAGGCGAAUCCGUAGAAAAUUCAUUUCCAUCUGAA